UGCUGCUCCUCCCCCUCCCUCUCAGCUCCCUCCCUCCCUCCGCUAGUUCGGUCCUGACGUUCAUUUCAUUCCUCUCCUCAUUCCGAGCAUUCCUCGCAUCGCUAGCGCCGUGCACACUCACCCUGAGCGGCCCAGCCCUGUCCUCCCCUCCCCCUGGGACCCCCCUGAGUCUGCACAGCACCCCCAAGCUGCAACCCCCCCACCCUACGCACCACCACCCAAAAAUAAGCAGCUCCCUCCCCAGCCCUAUGGAACAAUAGCACAGAGUGGUACAACUUGCUGCUGCCUGGCACUGGGGGCUCAGCUGACCUUGCCGGGGCCGUUCCUGCUGCUGCUGCAUCUCUGCAAGUUCAAGUGGAACAUUCUCUGGAGUCAGCACAAUCGCUGUGUGCCGAAAAGGACCCCGAGAGGAUCUCAGCCUGCAAACUUCCUUCUCGGUUUCUCUUUGUGCAGAAUCCAGGCCUCGGCUUGGAUUACCCAACCGCAAUCAUUGAGCCGAGCAGUUGGAGCGGCAGCGACAGUCCUGCCGAUGACAUCGAAAGGAUGAGCGAUUCCGCCGACAAACCCAUGGACAACGACGCCGAGGGGGUCUGGAGCCCGGACAUUGAGCAGAGCUUUCAGGAAGCCCUGGCCAUCUAUCCCCCCUGCGGCCGGAGGAAAAUUAUCUUAUCAGAUGAAGGCAAAAUGUAUGGUAGGAAUGAACUGAUAGCCCGAUAUAUCAAAUUAAGGACAGGAAAAACGCGGACCAGGAAACAGGUGUCUAGUCACAUACAGGUCUUAGCAAGAAAGAAAGUUCGAGAAAUCCAAGCGGCCAUUAAGGUGUCUAGUCACAUUCAGGUUCUUGCCAGAAGGAAAUCUCGUGAUUUUCAUUCCAAGCUAAAGGUGACAAACAUGGAUCAGACAGCAAAGGACAAAGCACUGCAACACAUGGCGGCCAUGUCGUCUGCUCAGAUCGUGUCGGCUACUGCAAUUCACAACAAGCUGGGCCUGCCCGGAAUCCCCCGGCCUGCCUUCCCUGCUGCUCCCGGGUACUGGCCAGGAAUGAUCCAGACAGGUCAACCUGGUUCUUCCCAAGAUGUGAAGCCCUUUGCUCAGCAAGCCUAUCCCAUUCAGCCCAGCGCCACCGCACCUAUUCCAGGCACAUAUUCUGUUUCAGGGUUCGAACCUGCCCCCCCUCCAGCCUCCUCUGUUCCAGCGUGGCAAGGCCGCUCCAUCGGCACAACCAAACUGCGACUGGUGGAAUUCUCAGCGUUUUUAGAACAGCAGCGGGACCCCGACGCAUACAACAAACACCUCUUUGUGCACAUUGGACAAGCAAAUCAUUCUUACAGCGACCCGCUGCUCGAAUCGGUCGACAUUCGCCAAAUCUACGACAAGUUUCCCGAGAAGAAGGGGGGACUGAAGGAACUGUUCGGGAAGGGGCCCCAAAAUGCGUUUUUCUUAGUCAAGUUCUGGGCCGACUUAAACUGCAAUAUUCAGGAUGACACCGGGGCGUUUUAUGGCGUCACGAGUCAGUACGAGAGUUCGGAAAACAUGACGAUAACCUGUUCUACUAAAGUCUGCUCGUUUGGGAAACAAGUCGUGGAGAAAGUAGAGACAGAAUACGCAAGGUUUGAGAAUGGCCGAUUUGUAUAUAGGAUAAACCGCUCCCCGAUGUGCGAAUAUAUGAUAAACUUUAUCCACAAGCUGAAGCACUUACCGGAGAAGUACAUGAUGAACAGCGUGUUGGAAAACUUCACUAUUUUAUUGGUGGUUACAAACAGAGACACACAGGAGACGCUGCUCUGCAUGGCGUGUGUAUUCGAGGUGUCAAACAGCGAGCACGGCGCGCAGCAUCACAUCUACCGGCUGGUGAAAGAAUGAGCCCCCCCCCCGCGGCCGCCCCCACCCACCUACACACUACAGAAACCUGCGCAAUGGAAACAGACUUAACCUCAACACCCAGCGGCGGUGCCUCUGUCUCACCCAGCAAGUUUCAGUCAAGUCUUUUGUUUUUUCAUUCUGUUUAUAUCUCAUUGGUAGCUGUGAAACGGUAACGCUCGGAGAGACUUUUAUUUCUUUAAAAAAAACACAAACAAUCGAAAAAAAAAAAUGUUGACACACUGCAAAGACCCGCUGAGCCUUGCAGAGCAAACGCACAGCCACGCGUUUCACGCCGACGCCGGGCAGAACCCUACUCUAGGGGGCGACGGAGAGAGAGGAAAAAAAACAAAAACGAAAAAAAAAAAUCAGAGUUUUUUUCAUUUGAAAAAAAUUCAGCCUUUUUAAACUUAAAAAAAAACAAAAAUUUGCUUGGACAAUUCAAGCGGGAGAGAAAUGGGAUGAAUGUAAGGGAGGCGCUGGGGAAAUGCUUCUACUACCUGAGGGGGGGCACAGUGUCGUUCUCUAAAUUAUUUUGAAAAGAGAAAAGAAAAAAAAAAUUCUUGUAAAAAAGAAACACCAAAAAGGAAAAUGUUUAAAUAUAUUGUGUGGGAGGAGCAUGACGCUUAGCGGGGUUCCUCUAUAGGCCAGAUCAUCAUUAGAAACCGCAGCCCUGGGGGCGGAGCUUUCGCAGUCAUAGAAACCAGUUGUACUGUACCGGCGCCGACUCUUAGCUUUUAUUUGCAAUAAAUCCUGUUUUUAUUUUUUUUAAACAUUUUAUGAACCCCCCCAACAGAUUGGAGUGAAAUCACCGGCAGAAAUCAGAGACAGUUUGCAAUUGGUCUUCAUUUU